AUGUUGGCAAAUGAUGGCGGUGUCCAGAGAUGGAACACAGUACGGCGGAAUUUAUUAACGAGGAUGUCACCGGCGGCCAUGCAGUUGUCCGACGGCCGAGUGGCAACCAUCACGAAAUCGUCGUGCGUCCUUAUCGACGAGUACACCAGCCACAGCACGGUACACGGAAUGCGAUACAUAUCCAAAGCCGGUCUGCUGGAGAAAUUUUUUUGGAUUACAAUGUUAACCAUUUGUGGACUGUCGGCAUGUUAUAUUGGUAACGAGUUAUGGCUCAAAUUCCGUUCUAUGCCUACACAACUGGCAGUUAAAGAUACCCAUGUGCCUUUGUACGAGUUUCCUUUCCCUUCGAUUACCAUUUGUCCGGCGAUCAAGGUCAAAAAGACAAAAGCUCUUGAAUACUUUUCAAAGUACAUCAGUAUCGACAACGAUACAAUACAAACUGAACUAGUGUAUGUAAUGAGCGCCUUAUCGACGAUGCAACAGCCCACUUAUUUUCGAAUGGCAGAAUAUGUAGCGAAGUCCAAACAUUUGUUGCCCUUGUUCAGAGAUAUAAAUUUGACCGAUUUUAUGUUAACCACACUGCCAACAUGUGAUGAACUAUUUGGUCGGUGCAAAUGGCAUGGCGAAAUUAUAUCAUGUUGUGAAGCGUUUUCACUUCAGAGGACUGAGGAAGGAUUUUGUUAUUCGUUCAAUUCUCUAACUUCUGAAGCAGGAAAACAUUGUCCUCUUUCUGAAGUGUUGGAAAACGAAGGUAUCGUAGAAGAAGAUGACUAUAUGUAUCCUGGAUGUCAACUGAGGAGAAACACCGCCGUAGGUACAGUCACGGGUUUAGAAGUGUUUCUGUAUAAAACAAAUAUGUCUGAAUCGUUGGGCUUGGGACAGCGUGACAAAGACGGUGCUAGGGUCAUAAUUCACACAUCGUAUCAGUUUCCAAACGCGGGAGACGGUAUAUGGUUAAAAUCCGAAGAGGGUCGACGACUAAACAUAAUGAUUUCGCCAGUGAUAACCGUCACCAGCAGUCGAGUAAAAGACCUAAGCGUGGCGACAAGGGGCUGCGUGUUUCCGGACGAAAGAGAGUUAUACAUUUACCAUGUGUAUACGCAGAGUUCGUGUCUGAUCCAGUGCCGUAUGGAAUUUAUCUUGUUCACGUGCGGUUGUCACAUGUAUUUUUUUAUAAAACCCGAUGAUGGGAAACCAAUGUGUGGUAUACCAGAUCUACCUUGCAUAAAUAAUAAUACUCGUCACAUUAGAAUGCUAACACCGCCCAAAGGCACGCCUGGUUUCGAGUCUCGACUCAUACGCGAUUCCCUAGAUUGUUCACAGUGCAUACCUACUUGUUACGAGACAACGCAUGAAAUUGAGAUGGAGUCGUCUCCAGAUCAAAGAACGUCUGCUUGGAAGUUGUUCAGCUAUUUAGAUGUGGCGUAUGGAAACUUGGGUUCCAAAAAAUAUCAAAGGGACAUAACUUUUGCUUGGACCGACCUUUUGGUGGCACUGGGCGGUGUUGCAAAUUUAUUUUUGGGGUUCAGCAUAUUGAGUGUAGCCGAAUUCAUUUAUUGGACGCUGAAAAUAUGUGUUAACAAAUUCAUUACACUGUACAAAUAGUAUAUAAGUACCUUAUAUGUAUUGUA